AUGUCAGAUAUAUCACUCCCACUUUCGAUACCGACUAUCACUUUCCUCAUAUCCAACAUGCAUUGUACAUCAUGUUGUGAAACCAUUCAUCACCUCUUAUCGACUCUCCCAUCUAUCAAAUCAAUAUCCACUUCAUUACUUCAUCACAGUGUGACUUUUUCGAUCGAUCAAGGAAAUACGGCGUCAACUUCUCUGAAACCAAAGACAGUGGGGAAAGUAGUAUCGGAUGCCUUGGGUUUAUUGAGGACAGAAGGAGGGUUCAACGUUAUUGCUGAAUCAGCUAAUGGUAGAUCCUUAAAAUCGGAUUCGGCUACCACCAAGUUGAGCGAAGAAGAUGGCGGCUGGAUAGGUAGAUUAUUACUCAAAAACACAAAGGGAAGGGAAAGGACAAAAGCGGAAGAAAGAAAGAAAAAACAUCUAGAACAUUGUGAAGUUUGUAAAGCUGAGCUCAGCACCGUCAAAGAACACGGUUCAGCUUCAGGCGCAGCAGAGAUUGCUCCAGCAGAGAAAGUUUCAAGCGAUAAUCAAGGCGAGACAGUCAAAACCACUCUUUCUAUAGAAGGUAUGACUUGCGCAUCAUGUGUCAAUUCAAUUACUUCAUCACUUAAAACCAGCCCUUCAAUACUAUCAGCAGACAUCAAUUUACUGGGAUCUUCCGGUAUUGUCCGACAUCGUUCUAGCCUCUCACCAAAUGAAGUCGUCUCUCUGAUCGAAGAUAUAGGGUUUGAUGCCCAGAUUGUUAAAUCUGAGACUGAAAUCAGUGCGAAUAGUCCCAUAGAGGAUACGACAACGAUCAAAUCCACUUUUUCGAUAGAAGGGAUGACAUGUGCUUCAUGCUCAGGGGCUAUCAUUCGUUCUCUCCAAGAUCAACCUGGAGUCAAAUCAGUACAUGUUGAUCUGCUCAACAACUCAGGUGCUAUCAUUCAUUCCGAUGAAGUGACGACAGAUGAAAUCAAAGAACUUGUUGAAGAAGUAGGAUAUGGAGCGGAAUUGCUGUCAUCUGAACGUUCAAAUCAGCAAUCCAAAGGAAAAGCGAAAGAAGAAGGGCCACAUUUAAGAAGUAUUCAAAUUAAAGUUGAAGGAAUGUUCUGCCAUGAUUGCGUCAGAAAAAUCAAUUCUCAUCUCGACACUUUACCUAUUGAAUCUUAUACUCCUAUAACGCUCCAAUCACCUAUCAUAACACUAUCGUAUUUCCCUUAUCAUCCGUUAACAAUCAGAAACCUGCUACAAGGUAUAUCAGAUGUAGCACCUGAAUUUGAAGCUGAAUUAUUCCGUACCCAAAGCCUAAGUGAAAGAAGCAAAUCCAUCCAAAAGAGAGAAGUCAAGAUUCUGGCUAGUCAUUUAGUGGUAGCCAUUACCUUUGCAAUUCCCACAUUCGUGAUUGCUAUCGUCGCUAUGAUUCUUUUACCUUCGCACAAUCAAAUCCGAAUGGAAAUGAUGAACCCAAUCUGGGGUGCUGCAAACUUGGGUACCCUCAUUUUAUGGCCUUUAGCUACUAUAGUCCAAUUUGGUGUGGGAAGAAUCUUUUACAAACGUACUGUCGCAUCUAUGUGGCCUCAUGUACGCCGACUGCUACCCUUAAAACUACGGACGGAGAGUAUGCGUAAAUUGCCAUCUAGAUCUCUAAGCUGGAGGAUUCUGUUCAGUUUCGGAAGUAUGGAUCUUCUCGUUGCUCUUUCAACAACCGUAUCAUAUUUCGCCUCUCUUGCCAUGCUGAUUCUCGAUGUCCGCUCUUCGUCCAAUAACGAAAGUGUUGGAACAUAUUUUGACAGCUGUGUCUUCUUGAUCAUGUUUAUCCUUUUAGGCAGAACACUGGAAGCAUACGCGAAAAGCCGGACUACCGACGCAAUCAGCUUACUAGGAAAAAUGAGACCAGAUACUGCUCUAUUGGUUGAAAGUAGCUUAUCAACGGGGGAUGAGCAACAAGACGAUGGAGAAAGGAAAAACAGUCAAGAUACCGAAGAUGUCCAGGCCGUUUCUGUCACGGAUGUCGACGUACCGAAUCAUAACAGAAUAUCUCAAGGAUCAGUUAGGAAGAUACCAAUAACUCAUCUUGAAAUUGGAGAUUUAAUCCUCCUUCAACCAGGAUCACUACCUCCCACUGACGGAACCAUUGUCUCUGGUCAAACCACAUUCGACGAAUCUUCCUUGACAGGUGAAUCACUACCCAUCACGAAGACUAUCGAUGAUCCUAUAUUCACGGGUACUGUCAAUCUGACUUCAGCUGUGAAUGUAAAAGUGACUCAUUUAGCAGAAGAUACAAUGCUUGAAAAGAUCAUACGAGCAGUCUCAGAUGCAUCAUCCAGAAAAGCACCAUUAGAAUUAAUGGCUGAGAAGUUAACCGGUGUUUUCGUACCUAUCAUAGUAUAUCUAUCACUUAUCGUCUUGACCAUCUGGUUAUCACUCUCCUUGACUGGGACAGUGGACACCAGCGGUAAAUCAGGUGGAAAAGUGUUUUUCGCAUUAGAAUUUGCCAUUGCGACUUUGGUCGUAGCUUGUCCUUGUGGAAUUGGACUAGCCGUACCUUGUGCCAAUGCAGUAGGCAACGGAAUAGCAGCAAAAGAAGGUAUAUUAGCUUCUGGAGGCGGUGAAGCUUUUUUAGCAGCCACAAAAAUCGGCAAAAUCGUUUUCGAUAAAACUGGCACUCUCACCAUUGGUAGAUCUGUGGUUACAGAUGAAGAAUGGAUAACUCAAGAGAAUAAAUUUAUGAUUAUGCAAGCAGUUGAAGAAGUCGAAAGAGGAAGUACACAUCCAUUGGCUAUUGGAUUAGUGGAAUAUCUUGAAAAUAAAGAGCAAUCAAGUUCAUCUGGUUCCGAUCAGGAGCAUGAACCGAUACCCGAUGAAUUGAAGAGAAAGGCGAAAGUGAUAGAAAGUGAAGAAAUUGCUGGAAGAGGCCUGAAAGCCAUCAUUCAAUGUGAAGAUCGAAUAUUCAAUUUACUUAUAGGCAAUGUUGCUCAUCAAAUCGACCACAAGGUCGCUAUCCAGGGAAGCCAUCAAGACAUAAUUGAUAAAUGGUCAAACGAAGCGAAAUCCGUUAUUCUCAUAGCGAUCUCUAGCGCCAAUGAAACUUCUUCAUACACUUUAUCAGCCAUAUAUUCUUUAUCUGAUCCACCACGCGAAACUUCAGCUUCAGUGAUUACUUCUCUCAAACAAAGGGGAAUCGAAAUAUCAAUGUUAAGUGGUGAUAAUCAAUCAACGGCUUUAGCAGUUGGCAAGAUGGUAGGGUUGAGCGAAGAUGAGGUUAAGGGUGGUGUAGGACCUGAAGGAAAAGCCGACGUGAUUCGAUCUAUGCAGAAAGAAAUGAAAGCGAAAGGAGGUAAGAAGGACCUGGUGAUGUUUGUUGGAGAUGGGCUGAACGACUCCGUAGCCCUCGCUGCUGCUGAUGUUAGUUGUGCGAUGGGUCAUGGUUCACAAGCUACAUUAGCUAGUGCAGAUUUUGUGCUACUGUCAUCAUCUCUCACAUCACUCUUACCUCUUUUAAGCAUAUCUAGAAAAGUGAUAAUGAGACAGAAACUCAACCUCUUAUGGGCAUUACUAUUCAACGUCGUUUGUCUACCUUUUGCAGCUGGUGUAUUCUAUGCUGCGGGUGGAAUCAGGUUGACACCUGUUUGGAGUGCUGUACUCAUGGCAUUGAGUAGUAUCAGUGUUGUAGGAAGUAGUUUAGCAAUGCGUUGGGGAUUUUGA